AUGAAUGAAAUCAAAAGUAUAGGAGAAUUAGAAAAAGAAGUAUAUUUAAAUUCUUAUGAAAUUUUUAAUCAUAAAAGAGUUCUGGGUGAUGAAAUUGAUAGAUUUAGGCAAAAUUUUAUUGAUAAUGAAAGACCUGUAGAAUUUGGGGCUUUAAUUAAAUUGAAUCAUAAAAUUCUUGAGGCUUUAGACACUGACAUUCAAUCUCUUUUCGACAAAUCAAAUAUAAAAUCAAUUACUGCAGAGGAAUUAAGUUUAUUUGAUCCAAAGACACUUAAACCAAGUAGUAUAGCAAUAAUAGCCGAUGAAAAAUUGUUAGAUUUAAUAGAAAGUGAAAAAGCUGUUAAAGCAAAUGAGGAAAGUCUUUUUUCAACAACUAUUGUUGAAGAAGUAAAUGAAGAGGAAAAUAAAGAAUUUUAA